CCCCCUAAAGUGAGUGGUGUGACGAACAUCCCAUUCAAACCAGCAGAACAAGGAGACCUCGUGUGCAUGUCUACCCAGAAGUAAGUCCAGCUGAAAUCUGCAGUGCUCCCCCCCCUUUAAGUGUGAACAGGAUUGAAGCCCAAGUCCCUUUUGCUUUCAACGGGACUUAAGUUGGAAUCUUAUGCAUGCUUUCCCAGGCAGUAUGUCCCACUGGACACAGCAGGAUUUAGUAACAUCCUUAGGGCUGUGCUGUUCAGUCUUCAUGACUUAUUCUGGAUUCGUGGUCCAGUUAGGCGUGCCUCUCCCUACUCGUUUCAAUACCUAACUCUGCACAGGCUCAAACUGCACAGAAUUAUUUCACAACAUAAAGCAGUCCUUUUCCCACACCGGCUUUGAGAUGGAUGCCUGACCGGGCUAUUCUUGCCAACAGUUGCGUGAAGAGCUGCCCCUUGGGGAGUCUGUAGAUGAGGAAUGUCAUCCCAGAAGGGGAAACUGGGCGGGGACGCGAAAGGAGCAUGGCUUUCCUAAGCAUGAAAAACUGCCCGGCAUCCUACAUCGCGAUCAUUUAGCAAGAGUCUCGAACGGAGCGGCCACUGAAGAUGCAACAAUCCGGUGGUCCUAAACAUGACCCUUCGGAACUGAUCCCCGCACCGGGUUCCAUGGGGCUUUCUAAUGAGGAUGUUUAGAAUGCCGGCGUUCUUCUUACAGAACCCUUCUUCGCUGCCCGAAAACGUGGCGCGAUCGAACCUGCUCCCCCUUCCAUGCCCUGCAGCCGCACUUCUCCCUUGCACACCAGGUUCUCUCCCCCACCCCUAACUAUAGCGCCUUGGCAAUGGGGCGCUGCUUGCUCGCUUCUUCUCCACGCGUUUGCAGGCGACGACUUCUCUCUCUCUCGCUCUCUCUGGGGGCUGCUUGCUGGAGCUGCGGCAGGAUGGGGGCCCUGCGUAAGGUUGCGGGACGGCAUGUGUGUGCGUGUGUCGUGGGGCAGAGGGAGAGGAGAGGCGGAGAAGAGAAAGGAAGUAAGGCGGUGCGGCGGGGGGGGGGAGGCUGCAGUGUCUUCAGGACUGAGCCGGCCGGCCGCGCGUGCGCGCUGGGUGCGGAGCAGAGAGGUCAUUCCCCCCUCCCCUCCCUUCCCUCAUCACCAUCGGACCGAGCAAAGAAGGGGAGCAGCCAGAGUGAGGCUCAGGCGUGCAGCGUCACGGCGGCGGCGGCGGCUCCAAGCCUCGCCCAGGCAAGAGGCAGCGAGGAGGGAGGGAGUCUCUGCGCGCGCGCGGGUGUGUGUGGUGUGUGCGCGCGCGCACGGGCGGGGAGGACUCCGAGGGCUCGGCCAGGGAGGCGGCGACGGACGCGGGGAGCGGCAGCGCCGUCCGGUAGGUAAGAGGCGGCGGCGGCGGCCACGGGAGGGACGGCUGGGUGGGGAGGACGACGACGAAGACGACGACGAGGGGGAAGGGGGCCCGGCGCCGAACGCGUGAGGGGACGCUGGCGGUUAGUGCCUGACACAAGCGGGGUGGGGGUGGGGGGCGGCGGCGAGGGCGAGCCGGGAUGUGGGGGGGGGGGGAGCGGCGGCGGCUCCGCUUUGCAGGCGGGACAAGGUUCCUCAGAGAGAACAUGGCGGAGGCGGAACCGAGCCCGGCCGCUCCCCUCCUCGGUAAGGGGGGUGGGGAAGCCGGGCCCCUCUUGCCUCAGCUCUCUCUUCCCUCCCCCCACCCCGUCGCUUCCUUAUGGCCGCCUCCCCGGGAGAAGUUAGAGCGGAAGGGGAAAGUUGGAGCCCCUUUGGCGAGGCCGCCCGCAGUUGGGACCUGCCGGUAAGGAGGAGAGGGCGGCGGCGGCAGCAGCAGCAGCAACCCCCACUCCCCACCCGCCCUGCUUGUAGCCGGGAAGAAACUCCGCCGGACUCCCGUGGCGUCGGCCUCUGCUGGAAGCCGCCGCCCCGCCUAGUCCGGCUGGGUCGAAGCGGCUCACUGUUUCCAUUCUCCGCCCCAGCGGGGAAGCAGGGCGGCCGCUUCCCAGGCGGAGAUAGGCCUCUUCCGCUUUCCAGCCUCUUGCCAGAAUCUGUUCGCAUCCCCCUUAAAAAAAGAAGAAGAAAAGAACGAGCGGCAUUUGAACGCGGGGUCAGACUCCGCGUCAAAUCGGGCCGAAUCUGAAUUGAGAUCCGGGCCCUGCUCUGCUGAACUCACAUUUGCACAUAUAUAUUAGGGGGGGAGGGGGGACCGCUCGGAAAGAGUUGACGGGGGAGUGCUGCAUUGAUUGCAGAUUUGCCCCCGUUACAGAAAACCAGACAAAUUGGAGAGAGAAAUUGAGGGUGGGUGUGGGGAUCCACCCUGUACUACUACCCCCUCCCCCCUUUGUGGUAUUUCUAGCAAGUAUGAGAUAUCUGAUGUCUUGGACUUCAAUGCAGUGCAACCACUAAAGUCAGUGGGUGUUAAUUUUCAUUAAAAUAGGCUUAAGGCGUCAGGUUAAGAGGAAUCAGAGCAGUUCUAGCUGGGCACAGUGAAGUUAACUUCACAAAAUGGAAGUCAGUGCUACCCACCACCUCUUUAUAAUAAAUCAUAGAAUUGUAGAGUGAGAAGGCACCCCAAGGGUCAUCUAGUCCAACACCUGCAAUGUUGGAUUCCUACCCAUAGCUGUCUCUGAGUGGGCUCCAAGCACUAACCUUUCGGUUAAUAACCAGAUACACUUGACCCAAUAUGCUACAGGAGGUGGCCAUGUUUCUUAACUAUUCUGGGUUUUAGUGGCAUCUCUGCCUAACGCACAGACUCUCUUCACUUUCUUGUGCUGUGCUGAAUGGCUGUACAGUUUCUAGUUGAUGUGUCCUAUAUCAGUAUCUGAGAGUAACUUCCUGUCUAAGAAACUAAAUCCAAAUGAGACUAAAAUGAUUGUCAAACCCCAUGAUUUCAUUGGAGGUGGAGAGUGGCCUUGAGGUGCUCUUGAAACUAGCACCAUGUUCAGAAAGGAUACAGGUGUGCCUGGAAAUGUUUUUCACCAAUUUUUUCUGCCUCGGACAUUAAAUCUAAUAUUUCAGGCUUCGAUACUUCUAUAGUUUGACUACUAUAGUUGCUUCUUGGCAAGAUUAUAAAUGAAGAUUAGAUGAAGAUUAGUUUAGAAUGCUUCAACUUGUUCAGAAUGGUGAGGCUUUGGAAAUUUAUCUCUCAUUGGGAUGUGUCAGUGGCAUAAAUCUCAUGCACUGGCUUUUUGCACCUUUCUGGGCAUACGUCUUUAUGUUACUUUUGUUCUAUAAAGCCCUUAAUAGUUUUAUAAUCAAAUACUUUCUCAUUCCCUUUAUCCAAACAACAGCCUGUUCUAUCAAGAGCAGCCCUGCUCUUCUUUUUUUGAGUGGCAAAGAUAUAUAGAUAAUUUUUUGACUACUCCACAAAUAUGGAAACUUAUUCCCCUUACGGACUUACCAAACAACACCUGGAAGUUUAGCAGAAGCAGUGGAAGACCAUUCUGUUUCUGCUUUACUUUUGUUACUUUCAGUUAAGACAGCGGAGUAUUGUUGUAAAUGUGAACAAUAAUCCUUCCUGAGCCAUGAGAAUUUGGUAGGACACAACUUAAAUCACAAUUUAAGUAUAAGAGUGCAAUGAACAACUUCACCAACUAUAGCAGUGGAAAUGCUAAUGUGAAUUUUAUUUUUCCUUGAUAACCUCCCCCCCCCCCAAAAUAUAUUGACGGGUCAUGGGUUUAGAAUGGCUAGUAUAGUGGCUUGUGAAAUAUUUUUUCACCAAUUUUCUUCAGUUACGUUGAUUUGAGUACUGAUUUUCUAGAAAUACUUGGGAUUCCAUAAGAUCCAAUACAGUAUUCUCCAUUUUUCCUUGAGAAAAUAUUUGAAUCCUCAUCUCCAGCAAAUAUUCCAAUGUGGGAAGUUUGUUUUAUUCUUCCAAAUAAAAUAGCAGACUUUGCGCAAUACUAGUUAAUCUUCAAAAUUAAUGCUUAGUUGUAAACAUAGACUUGCAUCUUAAGCUCUUACUCUGUUAACAGGAGUUCUAUUCAUGGGGGGGGAGUACAAUUACUCUUGGAAGGAUUCUUUCUGUGUGCUGAACUUCUGUGAAUGGAAGUUCCUUCAAGUCACAGAGUAAAAUAUUAGAAUUGAAGCCAUACAUCUAGUAUGUCAUCUAGAUGUAUGAAGCUUUAUUGGUGGACUUCUAGGAGCAGAACAUGUACUGCUUUAGUUUAGUGUUGAACUAGGUGUGGGAGUUUGCAGACUAGUUUAGCCAGUUGAAACCCAUUGCCAUCAGUAUGCAUUCCUUGCUUUGAUCCGGUAGAGUGGAACCUCUACCUGCGACCAUAAUCCGCUCCGGAGGUCGAAACGGGUCGCUGGGAGAGGUGCCGUUGUGUGCGCAUGUGUGAACGGCGAUUGCCGUUCCUGCGCAGAUGCGAACGGUGGCAAACCCACCAGUUACGUCCGUGUUUGUCACGGAUGUAAUGGAUGAAAUGGAUGUAAGCAGAGGCGGACGCAAGAAGAGCUUUGACUGUAUUAGUACAGUAAAAGGAUUUACCUGGCUCAGUAUGAAAGUAAUUGCUACAUGUUUCAGUAUCUUGGCAAUUUUUGUAUAGUUGUAUUUGCACUUGUGAUGUGAUAUCCGAAGAAUGAUUAGAAAACAAACAAGAAACAAGCUUAAGAAAUGACUUGAACUUGAGUUUUGUAAAACAAGGUGAAGAACAUGAAAUGACAUAAAGGACCAGUUGUGCAAGACAUUGAAAUAUAACUAUCAUUUGGGCUUCAGAACCAAUUAAAUGCAACAGGACCAAACUGCAUGUGAGGGCAGUUGCCUAUUUUUAUUCACGUGUCUUCCCUGUUUACAUAUAAAGUUGGCAGUGGUGGCUAAUUUUCGCAUUGAAAGAGGCAAGUGGUUGAGGAGAGCUGAAUCCUCCUCACCCGUCCAUGAUUGGUCAAUGUUCUCCCAGCUGAACUUCAAUAUUGAAAGUGAGUUGGCCUAGAGAAAAGUUUAAAAAAAAAGGUAGACACUUGAAUAAACAAAUAUGGCCGUCCCUAUCUAGUUUGUGCCUUAACACCAGUUCAUUUCAGCACUUGUUCUCUACACAGAGAAAGGUCUCCCAUACAUUUGCCCCCUUUACACAUAUAUGCACAUUCAUAGAAGUUGUGUUUGGCUGCAUGGUAUUGAAGCAGUUUCAAGUUGUAUUUUUAAUUCUAAAACAUGGAAGAUAGAAAAAAAUACUGCAAUCUAAAUGGUAUCGAAUAACUCCUGACAAUUGAUAAGUUGAAGAGAUGGUGUUGGCGCCUAUGUUGGAGACAAAGUGAUGGAUAGUUUAUAUAAUAGUGGCCGUGCUUAGCAUGUGGUUCCAAAUAUUGUUUUCAGAUGGUGAACUCUUGAAAAUUCAGCUUAAGAGAAAUCAGCUUUCCUAAAGAAAGGCCUUUUGGUGGCAGUAAGGCAUCUAUAGUACAGUGGAAGACAGGAGUGCCUGGCGUGCUCUGGUCCAUGGGGUCACGAAGAGUCGGACACGACUAAACAACAACAACAACCUCUGGAUACGAACGGGAUCCGUUCCGGAGCCCCGUUCGCAUCCAGAAGCAAACGUAACUAGUGAUGGCACGUCUGCGCGCACGCGCGUCACUUUUCGCCGCUUCUGUGCAUGCGCGUAACGUCAUUUUGAGUGUCUGCACAUGCGCAAGCUGCGACACCCGGAAGUAACGCGCUUCGUUACUUCCGGGUUGCUGUGGAGCGCAACUCGAACACGCUCAAGAUGAAGCAUAUGCAACCCGAGAUAUGACUGUACUUUGAUUAAUGUGAUAGAAAUGGCAGUUAGGUGGUUGUUUAGGUAACAUGCAUUGAAUAAAGUUAGGUAGUAAAAAUAAUUGUGAAGAAGCGUGUUCAUGCUGCCAUUAAUUGAUAAAGAAAUAUUGCUGCCUAAAUAAAUGUAUUUACAGUUUACAGGUGAAAACGUUUAUUGAAACCUCCAAUAAACUCUGUGAUACAGAAUACUUAAAACAGUUCUAAUUUAUAAAACUAGCGGAAGUUUAUUAAGAUAGCAGACUUCUAAAUUCUUGGUGAGUCUGCAGUCAGAACAGUGGAAUUUUCUUCCUUGUCAGAAAUCAGUAAACUGACAGAAGGCUGCAUGUAGCUGUUCAAAGGAAGACACAUCUAAAAGAAAGGAGGACCUUUCCAUACAUCAUAAUCAGAAGAUUUUGGCCUUUUAAAAGUUUUCUUUAUUUAUUGCUGGACCAAUAGAAAAAGUUUUCAAAUGACUGGUCAGAAUUUUUUUAAAACAUUAACUUUAUAAGAAGAAACUAGAUACAUCUACAAAGAUGCUUCUUAAUACUUUGGUUAAUUACAAAAUCAAAUUAAUUUCAUUGUUAACCAUAACAUUAUAAUGAAUUAUAACUAUAAUAUUGAGUAAAGACUCUAUAAAUGUGAAUGAUUAAUUAAAUAGUUCUCUGGUUUUUAUUCUUGCAACAAUUAAAGUAAUAGUGCCACUGUAUUCUGCUCUGGUCAGACCUCACCUGGAGUACUGUGUCCAGUUCUGGGCACCACAGUUCAAGAAGGACACUGACAAACUGGAACGUGUCCAGAGUAGGGCAACCAAAAUGGUCAAAGGCCUGGAAACGAUGCCUUAUGAGGAAAGGCUAAGGGAGCUGGGCAUGUUUAGCCUGGAGAAGAGGAGGUUAAGGGGUGAUAUGAUAGCCAUGUUCAAAUAUAUAAAAGGAUGUCACAUAGAGGAGGGAGAAAGGUUGUUUUCUGCUGCUCCAGAGAAGCGGACACGGAGCAAUGGAUCCAAACUACAAGAAAGAAGAUUCCACCUAAACAUUAGGAAGAACUUCCUGACAGUAAGAGCUGUUCGACAGUGGAAUUUGCUGCCAAGGAGUGUGGUGGAGUCUCCUUCUUUGGAGGUCUUUAAGCAGAGGCUUGACAACCAUAUGUCAGGAGUGCUCUAAUAGUGUUUCCUGCUUGGCAGGGGGUUGGACUCGAUGGCCCUUGUGGUCUCUUCCAACUCUAUGAUUCUAUGAUUCUCAACUGUGCCAGUCUUGGCUAAUGGAAUAUUAAUAUCAAGAAAAAAGGUGGUCAGCUUACCAAGUCUUAAUUAUAUUUGUCAAAUUUUAUAUCCUAUCAUUCCAACGUGGUUUUCAAGCCAGCCAUGAGUUUACAUGGCAGUUUACAUUUCCCCCUUAUUCAUCCUCUUAAUGCAGUUUCCCCCAUUUCCUCUUUGACAUUAAUGUGGAGUUCAUUGCCUCCACAUUUUUGCCAUUGUUUGCCAUUCUUUGCAAAAAUUCUAAUUCAAAGUAAACCACCCAAUCCAUUGGGCAGUAUGUAAGUUGCUCUUGAGCAGUCUGUGUAAAUGUAUGACCAAAGUGCAGUGCACUGUAAAGAUGCUGUUGAGCUGUGUGUUCUGUUUAAAGGUGUUAUUGGUGUCAGCAGUGCAACAAAAAUUUAGAGAUCUUUCACAGGUCUCAGAAUUGAUCAAACUGGUUUCCUGAGUCAGAAAAUUCAGGGUAAAGGAGAACGUCUUCUAAGAUAGAUUACUAGUAGUAAAACCUAACUUUGACUCCUCUGUGUUAUCAGCUGUAAGAAAUUUCCUGCAAGACUUUUCUUUAAUACUAUUUUGGCUUUAUUUCCCCUUAACAUAUUGGCACCAUGGGCGUCGAUGAAACCUUUCUGGGGAAAAAUGCAUUUGUGGGAGCAUGCCAUGCAGACUUUAGCAUGAAGUACUUGGCAAGACCCAUGCAAACAUACUAAUGAUUCUUAGGUGAUGGUGAAUUGUCUUAUGAACAUUUGUGGACAUGGGCUUGAUUGGGGCAGUAGACAGGGUGAGUACCUUAUAAGGUUCACAGUGCAUGUGCAGGCUUUCUUAUGUUGGUGUUUAUUACAAUUCUUGAAGUAGCGCAGAUGUCAAACUCUUUAAAUUUUCAAAGCCUUGCCUCUUUGUUCAUCAAAGUACAGACUCCCCAGAACACAAAUUCCAUAGCUCAAAUAAAUGUGCAAAUUUGCAGGACUUACUCAGCUUUCAUAAUUGAAUAUAUUUGACCGGUUUGUGAAUCAGAAUGGUGUGUAAGAAGUGUCUGCCCUCAAAAGUGGUAGUUACUGAGAACACACUUUUGUUCUCACCACGACCUUUAUCAGGCUUUUAAAAUUAAGAAUGGAUAACUCACACAGGGUGGAGGCAUUUUCUUUUGUCUUAAAUGGUUGUUGACUACUGAUAGCCUAUCCCAAGGAAAUGAGAAAAACUUAGUAUCCAGCAAUAGGAGUGAGGAGUUACAGAAAGUCUAAUGGAGAGAGCAUAAUUUGUAGGGGCAAUGUGUUGAAGGUAGGAGGACAACACAGCACAUAAUAUUUAAAGAAACUGGAAUGUUGGGAGCAGAAAGACUUGAUUGAAGGGUGUAAUUAGGUGGGAGGGAGACUAAAAUAGUUGAAGGAUAGUAGAAAUAAACAAGGUAGUUGGGUAGUAUUGAGUUCUAUGGCAAUAAUAAUAAUAAUUUAUACCCCGCCCAUCUGGCUGGGCUUCCCCAGCCGUUCUUGGCAGCUUCCAACAAAAUAUUCAAAAUACAUUAAAACAUCAGUCAUUAAAAACUUCCCUAAACAGGGCUUCCUUCAGAUGUCUUCUAACAGUCAGAUAAUUGUUGAUUUCCUUGACAUCUGAUAGGAGGGCCUCCCACAGGGCGGGUGCCACUACUGAGAAGGCCCUCUGCCUGGUUCCCUGUAACUUUCCUUCUUGCAGUGAAGGAAGUGCCAGAAGGCCCUCGGCGCUGGACCUUAGCAUCCGGGCUGAACAAUGAGGGUGGAGACGCUCCUUCAAGUAUACUGGGCUGAGGCUAGUAUGCAGGGCAAGCAUAUGAUUAUUUCUCUGUGAAUUUAAGAGCUGCUGAACUCUAUAAAUUGAUCUACAUACUUCAUCAUAUACAUGCAGCUUACUUUAUAUGCAAAUAGGCAUGGAGUGAUUUUCCUUUAUAAGGAGGGCUUCUCCACCUGAGUUUAAAUGGGUUGUCCUAUAUGGAACUGCUUUGUGUCAUCCUGUUAACUCCUGGUCUUAAAUUCACCUGAUAAUCCAGGGGGGCUACUAGGCAGUGACCUCUUCCUUUCACUGUAAUUGGUUUGUCUUUGUUACUGAAGCAACACAAUGGGCCGGUACAUCCACUGUCACACCUACAGAUGUAAAAGAGAAGUAGAGCUGUGUGUAAUAAUCAGCAUAUUGCUGACAAUUUACUCCACAACUGAAUAACCUCACUCACUGGUUUCAUGUAGAUGUUCAUCUAGUCCAACCCCCUGCAAUACAGGACUGUGCAGCUGUCCCUUAUGGGGGAUCAAACCUGCAACCUUGGCAUUACCAGCACCACAUUCUAACCAACUGAGUUAUCAGAUCAUUGCACUAUCAGAUGCUUGCCCUCUUCAGGUGACAUAUUUUGGUGGAACAAUGCACACAUAUUUAAUGCAUAGCUCUGCUUUAAGGGUUGUACCCAGAGACUGCAUGAGUGGAUAUCAGGUUGUGCAACUGAUCUUUCUCUUCGCCUUCUCCCGCUGUUGGGGGGUGGGAGUGGGAAACACUCUCCAGGAAUUUGGGGAAGCCCUAGUGGAAGAGUGCAGGUCUAGAGUCAGUAGCAUAUUUAUCUGUGGUGUAAAGAUCUAAUCUUCCUCUUCCCUUCUUUCCCCUGAAGCCCCUUGGCCCCCCAAAACUCUGUCCAGAGGGUUGAGGUCAGGGAGCCCUGAACAAUGGGAUGUAUAUUGUACAGGGCUUUAGUGGGAGAAGGGAAUUACUCAAAAUAGCGCAAAAGGAUUUUAUACCAGCAGAAUUCCCACAGGGUUAUAGUGAGAAGAAAUUUUGGCUGGCUACAUAGUCAGCUAAAUUUUGUUGACCCAUAUAGUUCAACUUCUACUUCUGACUGUGAACAUCUAUAUUAAUGAUGCUUCUGUUAUUGGAAGGUAAUUAAUUAAUUAAUACUAAUUUUUGAAUGACUAUAUUUGCUUUGACGCUUUUGAAAACCUCAUCCAGGAAAUGUGCAAGAAACAUCACUGAUAGUGUUCAUAAAAACAUGCCAGUUGACUUCUGUAUUGCGCUAUUUGUCUCAAAAAUGGACAAUAAUUGAUAUCCCAGAGACUUAAAAUGAUAUAUGUGUCCCUCAAAAAAUUAAAUAUGGGUGUCAUGCGGUAUGAUCAGUGGUUUAUGUAACUAUUUAUAGGAUUGUUUUUGUUGGAAACUUCCAGGUGUUGGAAAUUUUGCUCUAUGUGGUAUUGUUAUGCAAUUGCUUUAUGGUUGCUUUCUCUAUAAAGUUGACACAAAGCAAAAUGUUAUCUGAGUAGAGGUGGCUAAAAAUAGUGCACUAUGUGAUAGUCCACAUGCAAUAAACUUUGAUGUAGCCCAGUAAAUAAACUUAUCCAUAAGCUAGUUCUGAAACAAAUGUUUUUUGAAUGUAUGUGCUGUUUACUAAACACAGCAGUGGUUUCUGGGCCUUCUUGUUCAAGGGUUAGUCUAGAUAGUUGGCAGACACACACUUACUAUUGGACCAAUAUAAAUAAUCAAAUGAAGAAGAGGGAGCAUGUUUUCUGGAAAAGCUCAUUAGCUCAUGGUUGAAGGGGGGCGUUCCUAGUGCUUGGUAGUAAUGUGAAAUCUGAUUGUUCUGCAUAAAAGAACAAAAUACUUCAGUCACAACAGGGAUAGCAUCAGAGUUCCUGAAUUGGGCAGAGCAUCAUCUAAUGUCAAUAAAGGCCAUUCACAUCAAGGGAAUCCAACACAAAGGCUUUUCUGCACAGCAGGGAAUCAAUAUCACAAGCUGGAAGUGGCAAUUAAAUGAUGUAGCUUGCUGCAUCUAGGAGCUAGAACUUAUUUGUUUCAGCAGAUAAUACUAAGCCUGCUCACUUUGUCUAGUAAAAAAGACCCAUAUUAGCAAACGAUCCACUUUUUUCAAAAACCAAGGUCUGUGCUGCUUUCAAUUUUACUAGGAUGAAUGCUCAAAUUGUUCUGCUAAGGUUGUCGUAAAUAAUGUGAUGUCUUCCACGACUUCGGUGGAACUUGCACAACAGGAAGGCCUAAUUAUUGCUAAUCUGUCACUUUGGUCUCGCUUAGCUUUUCUUAGAAAGGAAGUUGGGUUAUAAGUUAUUUCCAAAAAUGGCUUCAUGUAUAAAACACAUAUUUGACAAUGAGUUAAUGAUUUGUUAACUGUCAGAUCUUUUUUAACUGUUGUAAGCUGCUCCAAAAUAUUCCUGUUUCUGGGUUCACACAAGCAAAUUUUAACUAUCAGUUAAAUUUCACUUUUGUGAGAACCAGUCUGGAACUGUAUUAUCUUUCUAACCAAAUUAAUAACUUUUACCCUGUACAGACUCUUCUACUAAUGUUAUUAAACGUGAAGCCCAAAGCUAAAUUCAGUGUGCUGAGCAAGAUUAGCUUGGACUACAUUCUCCCUGACAGCUUCACCAGUCUCUCGCCCCCCACCACCACCACCCCAGUGUUCUAUGUAACCUAAGCACAUUCCUAUCGCUUUGUACUUUUGUAAUGAAGAGAUCGCAAAGCAAGGAGAGAAAGUAUGUUGCCCAGUAGAUAAUGGAUGUGGAUGAAAAGGCUACUUAGUGAUGAGAGCACUUUUGUUCUCAAGACUGAAGUUUCACUUGAUUCAAGAAUGUAUAGACACAGAAUUACGCAACUGUGGCAUUCAUGUUUUUAGGCACACAUGCAAAAUAUUUUCUUUGACCUAUAGGUCAAAUAAACUUUAGUUCUUGUCAAAACACUUGGCGAAGAAUCUGAGUAAGUGGUGUAAUGAAAACAGAAUGUUGAUGAGUCCUCCUCUUCUAUCUAGUUCAUAUUAUGUAUUCAAAUAGGGCACAUGUGCUGUAACCCACAUUUUCGAAGUGCUAAAUUGCUUUGGACAAGGGUUUUUAAAGGACCAUCUUCCAGAUAUAACUUCCUGUUUUCACUGGUUAUCGCUGGAAGCCCUGCUCAGAGUUCCAUCACUGAGAGGCGUGUAGCUGGUGGGUGCACAUUACAGGAAGGCAUGGAGGCUGUUUCAAAAGCUGCUUUGCAGCAUUAAUCCAGGAAACUCUGGUAUUGGGUUUAAAUGAGAGGCAUGGAAAGACUUGCAAAACCAUUGUGGUGCAUAAUGACAUCAUAUCAUUGAUAGGUUGGUGCCCACCUAUCAACUUUGGCACACAAAGCCAAUCCUGAUAAGAAUCUGGUCCCCAGAGGCAAAAAGUUUCCCCCUACCCUGCUUUAACUCCAUCCAACUUUCCAUUCUGUGCCCUUGCUGUCAAUCAGUUUCCCACACACUCUUCUAUCACAUGCUCCUUGUGUGCUUUCAGUUGCAUUUGAGGCUAGGGCAGUGUAUGUUGUGCAAUUCAGUUGGUGGAACUGGUGAACUUACGAUACUGUUGACCUAGCCUGAAGCAUUAGAUAUGGAUAUUUCUCAUAUGCACAAACAUCAGUUUUGUUUGCAUAACUCUUGUUAUAUACUUGUAUAUAUACUUGGUUUUGCAAAUCUAAUAAGGAAGAACGGAACUUCAACUUUGCAUUUGGCUAUUUUCAGCUCAAUAGGUAUAUGGGUCCUGAUUUAGGAGGUAGUAAUGAAGUUUUUUCCCCCCUAACCCCCUAAUGCCACACUCAGCUGUUCUGUUGUUGUUGUUGUAGUUGCUGCUGCUAGACUUCCUAUUCUUGACUGACUUGAGUGUAGCCUUUCGGUAAUGAAAAGCCAAGAUGUCUGCUGCAGUGUUCGAAGCUAGGCAUUAGACACGUUCCAUGAUAGGGAAUGGUAUGUUUGUGAGCAAUUUCAGAAGUCUUGUCAUGAUGUAUGUGCCUGAGACUUGAACUUAAAAUUGCCUCCUGCUGCCCAAGUGAACUGUCACCACUUGCACCACAGCAUGGGUCAGCUGACUGGCGCUGUGGGUGCGGGAGUAGAAAUGACUCCCCGCACGACUCUAGAGUAAAGUCACUGCUGCCUCCUCCAUGGGCUGCAUCUACCCUUCCUGGCUUGCUGUUGCUGGGCUUCCUCCUCUCCUCUGUCUGCUGCAGUGAGAAAGAGUGAGCAAGCAGUCAAGGGCGGGCAGGACUUUGGGGAAACUUUUCCCUCAGUAUCUACUGAAAAAGGACCUGCAUGCUUUCUCUCUCUGCUGGCUUCACAGUUUCUCCACAAUGUGAUUUUUGCAUAGCACAAAUACACGUCAUUGAUUCGCGAUAUAUUGCCAGGUCAAAAAUUAUGAAACCAAUAUCAUGACAUGGACUUCCAAUUGGUUUUGGACAAUAUAUUGACAAUAUAUAGCCCCUUCUUUUCUCGCCUCCCCAACUCCUGUAGGAUCCUUCCCAUUAGCUUUCAAAUUUAGGCUAUUAUUGUGGUGGCCUAUUCCCCCCCACACACCCUCUUUUUGGACUUUUCUGCACCCUAAACCUGGCCAGCUGCUUUAGUGGAGGAAGCCAUGUGAAGCAUUCUGAAUUCUUUGCCAUUUCACUCAAACAUUCUGAAGAAUGGCUUGCUCCUAUAUGUUAAUUGCCUGCACAUUAACAUCUCCUUUAGAGGCUGUCAGUGUGUCCUUGACUUUGGUCUUUUGUCUCGUGGCAACUGGGUAUACGACUUUUUGGGGGGGGGGGUCCAGGGUAUCCCAUCUUUAGAAUUCCCCCCUCAGAAAGAUCUGUCUGGCACCAUUCCUCUUAACAUCUCUUAGCACUGCGUUAAAAUGAUUUUCUUUACAGAUGCUAUGCCUCUGUUUUUAUGGUGCUGCUUUUAUUGAUACUUGUUUUUUCCUGGAAAGAAAUUUUCCAGGUAAAAUCAGUAUUUGUAACAUUUUAUUUUAAUAGUAAGACAUGAUCCCAGACAUGUAAGGUUACACAAAAAGAGUAUAUCAACUGCCACUGACUUUAUAGCUGUAUCAGGACACUGUGCUAGAUAUAUUACCUGCAGUGGAUAAGUGACUACGAUAUUUGCUAAACUUCUUCCAACAUACUUUUCAGACCGCCUAUCACAUAGAAAAAUUGUUACUGUUUUCAAACAAGCUAUCUGUACUUUUUGUUUGUUUGAAGUUUUAGUGCAAUAGUAUGAACACUCUGUACUAAUAGAAGAUUAAAAUUGAUAAGCCAAACUUGUGCCAUAUGCAGCUCAGUGUAACAGAUUCUUUUUUUUCUUGUAGAUAUUAAGGUGGUGACUCAACACUUGCACCAUGCGUGAAUAUAAACUAGUGGUUCUUGGUUCAGGAGGUGUUGGAAAGUCUGCGUUGGUGAGUGAUACUUUUUGGCCUCUUAUGACUAUGUCUAAGCAUAUAAAACUUGUAUAUUUCAUCUGAAACUCCCAGUAAGAUGUGUCUGGAUGUUUCAGGUGACUUCUGUGCACUGUGAUGUGCCCGAGUCCAGUUUUGUUAUGUGUGAAGCAUGUGUUUAGUAUUAAGUCAUAAGAUUCCAGAUCCUGGCAAGCAAUCCAAGAAAAGCACAGUUUUCGUGCUGUAAGCAUCAGUCUCUCUAUUAAACAUUCUAAGCAACCAAUACGUUAAUAGGCAGGUGGAAAGCAUUUCAGGUGUGUAAUAUGAACAUAAGCACAUAUACCGGUAUAUAUGUGUGCAUAUACAUAUGUUCUAUACCAAUUUUAUUUAUCUAUUUUUAACCUACCUAUAGUUCAGUUAGUACAGUCAAUGGAGUGCCCUAUUUUUUGUGUUUAUUGAGGGUUGGAAAGCUGUUCAUUUUGCUUUAAGAAAAAAAUUAAUGCUACAGUAAAAAUUGUCAAUGUUGGGAAGCUGGAAUUGGAAGUAGAAGUGGUUGUUGCAGAGACAAACAAAAUGUUCAUUUAUUUUUGAAUCUCUGUUGAACAAUAUUUGAAAAAUAGGUCAAUGGUUAGCUUCCAAUAAAUUAUACUAAUGCUUAAACAUGAAUUCCAAAAGGUAACAGGUAAAAUGUUUUAAUAGAUAAUAUCUAUCUGUAGCACCUUAUUUGGGCCUAAAAUUUGGCUUCAUUUUUAAAAACCUUAGUCAUUUGAGUUACUUCAGUCAUUUAUAAAAGGUAAUACAACUUAUUGUUACUUCAUCAUGACAAGAAUUUGUAUAACCUUAAAAAAAAAAGGAAAAAAGACUCCAAACUACCUCCGUCACCAAUAAAGAGAUUUUAUUAAGGGUGUGAGAUCAUCUGCCCCAAUCCAUUCUGAAUUUUCACUGUCUAAAAUUAGGCUGGAAAAAACUUCAAAAAUUGGGAAACACUGAGGAAGUCACUCAAAAUCUGGUGACCUUUUGAAUGUGUCUCAGCAUGGGGUUUGGAUAUUCAGAGCAAACACUGUUUAAUGGUAAAUGUCAGUCAGAGAAACCCUAUGCUAGUCUUUAUUCUAUUUUUUGUAGGAAAGCGGUGUGUGGAGGGUGAUAUCCAAAAUUGCAUGAGCACAUUUUCACUUCUUCCCCUUCCCUUUGCACUCAUCCUUAACUCCAGAAGGUCUUCCAACUCCUUAGAGAAGAUCUGGGGGACUACAGAGCCAGAGGAGGAGAAUAAUAAUAAUAAUAAUAAUAAUAAUAAUUUAUUAUUUGUACCCCGCCCAUCUGGCUGGGUUUCCCCAGCCACUCUGGGCGGCUUCCAUAGAAACAAAAAAUACAGUAAAAUAUCACAGAUUAAAAGCUUCCCUGAACAGGGCUGCCUUAAGAUGCCCUCUAAAUGUCAGGUAGUUAUUUAUUGCUUUGACAUCUGAUGGGAGGGCGUUCCACAGGGCGGGCGCCACUACCGAGAAGGCCCUCUGCCUGGUUCCCUGUAGCUUUGCUUCUCGCAAUGAGGGAGACGUCCCAUUGCACUUUCAGUAUAUAAAAGCCUCAUGCCAUCAGAUACAUAUGCAGAGAGAGUGCAGGUGUCACUCAGAUGCAAUAAGAUUAAGCGCAGCCCCCUUGAAGGCUUCCUGUCUUCAAUAUGUGGUAGUAAAGAAAAAGAGAGACACUGAUUUAAGCACCUUAUAAGGGGUAAACAGACAAGACACCGUGGCAUUGUCUGAAUCAAUUAAUAGUGGCUGAUGUAAUUUAUAUUACAACUGAGUUUAGUAGCACCUUCAUUGUUCAAGGCUGAACAGUUUUUCUCUGAAGCAAAGUUCAAAACUAAUGCUGGCUCUUAACCUUUCAAUUGACAUGUCAGUGUUCUGAAGAAACUUAAUAUAAAUAUAGGCAGCAAGCUAGAAACAACUUGUGCUUUCUAUGUGUGUAAUGAACUGUUUGCAGUUUAAAUGUUCCUUUUAAUAGGAAUAUUUAUAAAAAUUGCAUUAAAAAGGUAUUUAUAUAUAAAAUGCUGUUUUUGUUGUAGACUGUACAGUUUGUUCAAGGAAUAUUUGUUGAAAAGUAUGAUCCUACGAUAGAAGACUCCUACCGAAAGGUAUGCACAUUAUUUUAAGUUGUAGUAUACCUUUAAGUGAAUAGCAUAUUUUGUGUUAUUGAAAACAGUAGCCUACAACCUAAAUGUAAUACAACAGUGAAAGUUACCUGCUUUGUUUUUCGAUGUGGCUAAGUUACAACCCAACCCAACCCAACUUGAGAAGGCUACAGGCAUUUCUAGUCAGAUUGGAAUAGGUCCUUUUCGAGAUGGAAAGAAGCUUGACCUAGCUUUCGGCAGUCAAAAAAUAAAAGUAGGGCAGCUUGGUUAGCUUGUGUCAUGAAGGCUACUGGGCUCUGUUUUGAGCACUAAGCACUUUUGAACAAAGCAACUGUCCACAACUUACCAUACCAUAGUGACAAAAAAAAACUACCAACUUUCCGUGAAUGAUCUGGAAGAACCCAGUGAUGUUUCAUGAAGCUAAGUGAGGGUGGACCAGUUCACUGCCAGAAUGGGAAAGGCCAGGAAGUGCUCUGAGUUUUCCAAAAGGAAAAAUGUGGUGGUUUGUAAUUAAAACAUAAGAAUAAACCAUAUAGACACAAUUAUAGCAGUAUGAACUAAAAUGAGUCACUAUGGUCAAGAGGAACAUUGUGUUAAUGGCAAACAGUAGAUGUCUUGAGCUCUAAAAGGCAUGCACUUAACCUGCAUUGUAGCACAUUACUUGAGCAUUUUCCAACCUGGUGUCCUCCAACUGUUUUGGAAUAAAACUCCCAUAACCCCUAACCAUUGGAUAUUCUGGCUGGGGUUGUUGGGAGUGGUGGACUGGGGUAUUUGGUAUUAGGAAAAAUGGGCUCCCCCCCCCAAAUGUCCUUAAAUGGUAACAAACACUUUCUUGCUGUCAUCUUGUUCUUCUUCUGCUUUCACCUUCCCCUCUGCUCGAAUUUAGUGUGCAGUUCUUGCUACAAAAUAAAUCCCGACCCAAGCAAAAUUAACAUAUCUAUUUUGCUAUUUUAUUAUAAACUCUCAAACUCUCUUUCAGCCUGCCAACUGCUUUGACUAUGGUAAGGGAAAUAAUCUUGUGCAUUGUGGGUAUAACUUGUAAAGGCAAGUUAAUGAGUAUUUGAAGUCUUGCUGUUUAUACUUCAGUACAAAAUUGUGUCUUCUUCUUUUUUGACAGCAAGUUGAAGUAGAUGCACAACAAUGUAUGCUUGAAAUCUUAGACACAGCAGGAACGGUAUGUAAAAAUAAGACUAAGUGUAAAACUACUAUAGGUCAACUUUUACAAAUGAAAGUGUUUACAGAGCAAUAGCUUGAGCUACAGAACAAGCCAUUCCAGUUAAUUUCUGUAAACAUGCAUAAGACUAUUAGUAUAUGAUUGUUUUCAUUUUUGUUUAUUUAAGAGUGUAUAUGUUAUCCAUGAAUUAAAAAAAAAUGAGCUACAGAACAAACUAAGUUUUUAUCAGUGUCUCUUGACAACGGUCAGCAUGUCACUGUCAUUCUUUGCUAAGUUACAAAUAAAUUGUUCUUCUUCCCCAACCUGUUUGACAAAACUAUACAAGUGACAUUAUUGAUAAGUAGAAGGGGUAAUAUCAGUGGAGGAGGAGGAGGAAAUGAGCAUUGAAUUCUAAAAUGAUAGAGGGUUAGUUUUCUGUACAUGUUUGAAAGGUAUUAAAUGCUCACAAUCACUUCAGCAUCUUGAUGUUCAGCAUCUGUUUAAAAAUUGUUUUCCAGCAGGCACACUAAGCUUGUGGUAUGGUAUGAAGUUUGUAUAUGUAGAGCAACUGAUCUGCAUACGCAAACCUGUACUAAUUAUAUCUUGCGUAUAAGGAGAAACGGUACACCAAUCUUUGGAUCCAUCCUGUGACUCCCUCCCAAAACACACGCACACACAAAAAAAUGUGUCUGCACUAUAGUCCUGCAGAAGGUGCAGCUUUAUUUUCAGUCCCUUGCCUAUGCCUUUUAUAGUGCAGCUCUUUGCUGAGUUGGUAUUUUUCACUCAGCUUUCCACCACCUUCCCAAUAUCAUUCAUAGAUAGUCUGUCAGUUCUGACACCACAUAUGAAGCAGUGCUGUGGGUUUCCCAGAAAAUUUUCUGCUGUCCUAAAUCAAUCAAAACCAGAGUUACCAUAUCUAUUUGUCUUAUAUUGUUAUGUUUCCUGAGGGGUGUCAUAUAUUACAUUCUGUAUAAAUAUCUCAAAGUGUUUGCGGUAGCCCAAAGUAGUUCAGUGAAAAUAUUUGACUCAGGGGGGAAAGCAAGAUGGUGUGUUUCGUGUAAUUUAAUUCUUAUGCAAGCAAAUACUAAUUGUAAUUCAGACCUACUUUUUCCCUUCUCUUUCCCCAAACCCAUAUCUCUUUGUGGUAUGCCUUUUGAGAUUGUAAGCCCAAGCACAGGGGCUUAAUUCUGAUAUUUGUUAGUCGGUCUGGUCUGUGAACUUCUUUUCAGCUGAAGAGCAGGACAGAAAUGCUGUAAAUAAAUUCAAAAAUGUACCUGGGGUUUUAAAAAUACUAAAUAAUAUCUCCUCCCCCGCCCUACAUUAUUUAAAGGGGAGAAAUGAAGGCACUGAAACGAUAAAUCAUUGAGGUGGUAUCCUGCCAAGAAUGGCUAACUUGUCUAUUGAUUCCAAUGGGUCUACACUGAGUUUGACUUAGCCAUGUACCACCCACCAAUUUAAACAUGCCUAAAGAGCAGUGCACAUGAAUAUUUGCCCUCUAGUCACCGCAAAGUUAAAUACAACUUUGAUUAUAUAUUUGAUUUUGUUCUGUAUCCAUUCUGACUACCCAACUUUACUAACGUUGGAUCCCUUCAUUAUACCACUAAUUUUUAGGAGGAAAAGGCUGUUCUAAAAACUGAAAAUCAGGGUUGACUACCUGUCAGUCACCUGGUGUCAAAAACCAUACAGGAAAAGGCUCAGUGCUUUACAAGCCCUGAUGUGGCCCUUGCAAAGAACAGUGCACAGGGCUUUGCAAACUAUGACGAACAGCAAAACUGGGUAUAUUACACAGAUAUACAAGCCCUGAAGAUAAGCUGAUCAUCAGCGCCUCUGUGCACAGGGCUUUACAAGUGCCACUGAUCAGCUGCAAAGCCCCUUUUGGCGCAGCUGAGUGUUUACCUGCCCCAGACCUGAUGUCAUAUAUGAUGAUAGGUGUAGGGCAGGUGUGUGCCUCACAAGCCAAAUGGGGAGACCUGGUCCUAAUUAGGUCCAUGGGAUGGAGGUUCCCCACUGCUGGUAUAGAACAAGAUGCUGCCUGAAAAGAGCGGGGAAAGAUGGAAAAACUUGUUAACUGACUAAAGAUAGCUGGAACUCUGAAGUUUCACUACUAAUUUACAGUGUGUUUAAUCCAUCUGCUUGUUAGACUGAUGCCUUUUUCCCCUGUAAAUCUGUAAUUCUUGACACAAUGCUUCCAGCUUAUUUUGAGUAAGUGUCAACUGAUUACUUUACAUGUCCAGAAAGCCAGCCAGCUCCUGUUUAGAAAAAACGGGAUAGGAAAAGUAAAUUCAUGCUUAGGGGGGAAGAAUUGCUGUGUGAUCAGUCCUCAUAAGUCAGGCUGCAUUUGUCAGAUAACUGUUCUGAGUUCUCCAUUUCUGUCAUUGUGUUUUACAGGAACAGUUUACAGCCAUGAGAGACCUCUACAUGAAAAAUGGUCAAGGGUUUGCUUUAGUAUAUUCCAUCACAGCACAGUCCACAUUUAAUGAUUUGCAGGAUCUAAGAGAACAGAUUCUUCGAGUCAAAGACACUGAUGAUGUAAGCAGUCUUCCUAAGCAUUGUUUGCAAAUGGCCAGUGGAGGUUCUCUUUAGAAGCACAGCUUAUGGCUCUUCUAUAGCCAGUGUUCUACAAUAAGGACAUGAUCUGAUGUAUGCAUAGUAACUUGCCUUGGGUGAAAAUGGGAUUCCUGUUGUCUCUUUCCUUGAUAUGUGGCCACUCAACAGAAGAUCUGCUGCUACUUUUAUGACUAUUGUAUAAAAAUGUAAUUGAACUAGCACAAAUUCACUAUCAAAGCUUUAAAGACAGAAUAAGCAAGAAUCAUAAAUAUAAAAGAUAUUCUUUAAGUGGGACUUUAUUAUUUAAAAUGGGACUUUGGAAGAUAAACUAUGCAUACAGGCCAAGACAGGAUUCAUACUGUGUUUCAAAACGUAAACAAUGCUUGGAUAUUCAAUUCCUUGAUUAAGUAGAGACGUGUGUGCAGCUGGCCAUUUUAAAACAUUACAAAACAAUGAGUACUGUCUGUGAUGUUAAUUUGGAGCCAGAAGGAAGAGCACUGCUGGUUGGAUUCAAAAGAAGCUGGUGCUUUGCUUUACUGCAUUACUAUAUUGUGCCAUAUUGCUCCGUCUCAGAUUCCAAUUAUCUCAUUAGAAUAAGUUGCUCUUUUAGGUUCAGAAAGUGGUGAAUCAUACAAAGGCAGUGGAUUAUUUUACAAGAUAAUAUAACAGCCCUAAAUGUUAUGUUAAAAUGAAAUGUAGAUUCAAGUACAGAACUGCAGUGCUGUAUAACUUGGAUUUGAGAACUCCAAAUCUAAGCUACUAGUGGCUUCAUUCUCAAAUGUUGAUGUCUUAAAAUUACUUUAACAAUAUGAUGCAUUUUAAAUGCAUUACCUCUAGUUUGAUUGUGUAAGAAUCCAGUUUUCAAUUAAGACUUCAGAUAUAACUUUCAGAGUGUGACUGAUUAGUAUCGGAAAUUAUUUAACUUUUCACAGUAGUAGUUAUUUAAUUUACAUUUUAAAUCUUUACUUAAUGUUUAUCAUUUUAGGUACCAAUGAUUCUGGUUGGCAACAAGUGCGAUUUGGAAGAUGAAAGAGUUGUGGGAAAGGAACAAGGACAGAAUUUAGCAAGGCAAUGGAAUAACUGUGCAUUCUUAGAGUCUUCUGCAAAAUCAAAAAUAAAUGUUAAUGAGGUAAAUAAAUAAUUUUACACAUUUAAUUUUACUUUGUUUAUCCCAAACCCACACGACCACUAUUAUCAGCUUUUGUGAGUUUUUAAUCACUUUCAUUAUUCUAGUGUAAAAUUAGAUGUAAAUUUGUACCUAAUUCCUAUUGAAAUCAGUGGGAUAUGUCAUUCGUUGCUGACAUAUCCUGUUAAUUUCAAUAAAAUGCAGGUCUGGCAAACCUGUCUAAGUUGUUAUGAAUUCUACCUCAGUGCUAAGGCAGAAUUAUGAUCUCUGCUUCUGGAAAAGUCCAGCAGAAAGGGGAAGAGAUCACUGCUCCAGAAAGGGGAGAUACCCUUUUUUGUUCUUGGCAUAAAGUAGGGAGAGAAUUGUCACCCCUGGAAAAUGAUUAACUAAUGGCAUGAGGUUUCAUAGGCAACAAUCCACUUCAUGAGAAUGAGGGAGACUAGUUGGUCUAAACAGCAAAGGGUAUUGUACCUCCUUAAAGACUAACAGAUUUGUUGGUCUUCAAGGUGCCACAAGAGGUAGCCCAUGGGUAGCCAACAUGAUGCCUUCUAGGUGUUGUCAACAACUCCCAUCAGUUGUAAUGGUUGGGAAUUUGAAGGGCAUCAUGUUAGCUACCCAAUUUAGCCUAUUAGAGCAAAAACAAUAUGGCUAUCCUUCUAGAAAUAGACAAUCUAAUUCACCAUGGCAUUGUCUUCUGUUAAAGCCAAAACAACUGCUCCUUUGAAGUUUGAAUGCUUCUAAAUGUUAGAAAUUAAUAAUCCUGUUUUGGAAACUUGUACAGUGGUACCUCGGGUUAAGAACUUAAUUCGUUCUGGAGGUCUGUUCUUAACCUGAAACUGUUCUUAACCUGAAGCACCACUUUAGCUAAUGGGGCCUCCCGCUGCUGCUGGAGCACGAUUUCUGUUCUCAUCCUGAAGCAAAGUUCUUAACCCGAGGUAAUAUUUCUGGGUUAGCGGAGUCUGUAACCUGAAGCGUAUGUAACCCGAGGUGCCACUGUAUAAAUGAUGUGAACAGAUUGGAUGACUGUUUGUUGGCUUCUCUGAUGUAAAGAUACACAGCUGCAGAAGACAUCAUUGGUGAUGGGACUGUUCUAGUUAUUCCUAAAACUUAAAAUGGCAAUCUUGGACUACAUUUGGGGGACAUGCACAUUACAACUGACAACACAUUUGAUCUUUUUCCCCCAUGGAAUUUCUUUCUUUGAAACUGGUCAGAAUGCCUUAAACUUCCAACAGCUUUUUUAAAAAAGCAUGAGCUCUUUAAGAGCAACUAUCAGUUAUGGGUUAUUUGCAGUAUUUCCCCGUGUUUCCCAGGGAACUCCUGAAUUGCGCAUAAAAACUAUUCAAGCAAAAAUUGAGCAGGUCUAUGGAAGUAGGGGCAGAAAGAAUUUUUGAAACAACUUUUGUGUGGGGAAACUAGCUUUUCAGGAUGACAUUUACUCUAAAACAUAGCCAGCUAUUAAAUGAAUAGCUUCAUUUUAUGUGCACAUAGUCUAGAAUUUAUAUGAAACUGUAAGGCUUUAAAACAUUUUAUCUUACGAAAGACCUAUUCACAUUAUUUGACCCUUAGAACUGGAUCAGGAUCUCCUGCUUUUUUUCCUUAAUGCAAUGUUUGUUCACCUGUCAAUUACAUGAUGUCACUAUCGCCAUUGUGUUUCCUUUUGUCUCUGCAACUUAUCAGUGAUUUCAAACUUUACUUCCUUUGCUUGAGUGGUUUGAUUUCAAACUAUGCAAGCAAUGGAUGCAUUUCUCUGGUGGACUUGGUUUAAGUGGGGCUUUGAUCAGCAUUGCUUGCCAAAGAACAAUUGAGAGCACACUUAAGGCUCCUGGUUUCCCCUUUGAAACUGUCUUUACCUGCCUCAUAUGGGCCAGACAUUCGCUACUGCUGAUGUACAAAACAGGCCCAAAAUAUUUGUGGGAUUCUUUUGCUUAACAUAGGAGGAAAUUAGUCCCCAAAUAUUCAUGCUGAAUUGUAUGUAAAGUAAAGCUUCCUCAAAAUCCAAGCUUAUUGUGUGCAUUUCUUGGAAAUAAGGGGUCUUCAGUGGUGCUACUCCCUAGAAAGUGUUUAGGAUUGCAAUCUCAGUCUUGUCUGCCAACCCCCUUGAAAAGAGUCAGGGUCUUAUUUGCAUGAUUUGCAUUUCUGGUGGGGGGGGGACUGGGAAAAGUAGCAGUUGUCAAUUUUAAGAACUGUGGAAGGCAGAAUAUAAGCGCUACACAUCAGAAUUUCGUUUGUGGCUGCAGUGGUAUUUAAAUGUCAUGUUUAAAAGCUAUGAAGCCUGAAAAUGAUCCCACUUGAAAAACACUGAAUAUAUGAAGCAAACUUUGUAUUCACAGAUCUUCUACGACCUUGUGCGACAAAUUAACAGAAAAACUCCAGUACCUGGGAAAGCACGCAAAAAGUCAUCUUGUCAGCUACUUUAAUAUAUGUGUGUACUGUAGCACUGAGCCAGGUAAGUGUAAGCAAAGUCUUGCCACACUGAAAGCCACAACAAAUAGUGCUGUAUUUUUAAAUGAUUGAUUUAUUCGCAUUCGCCGUGCUGAGAUGCUUUUGAUCAUUUCAAUCUGGUUUUAAAUUAUAACACUAUAUCUGCAUCCAUGUGCACUUGAAUAUGCAUGAAGGAUUGCCAGCUCUUUAUAGGAUGGGUCAAAAAUUCAAAGUUAAUGGCUUGGGAUUCAGAUAUAGCCUUGUGCAAGUAAAAGGUACUUCUGGCAAUGUUGUGGGGGAUCUGACUUUUUUUGCCAGUUGCUUCUUGCUGCAACCUCCUGUGACACUUCUCUCAGACCUCAGGAGCACUUUUUCAGGGGCUGCAGUAGGAAAGAGGUGGAAAAAUCCUGUUCUGAGAGCAAGAAUUUCACUUGGGGGCAGUUGGAAUUGAACCCUCUCUUGAAAUGGGAAACAAAUUUUAACGCAACUGAAACAUUUAAUGUAGGAUACACCUUUUUUCGAUAUAGUGAUUCUCUUUCAUUGCUUAAAUACCAUCUGAGUAUUAAUCUCUGUUUCUCUUUAUGUUCCAGGUCUGAAGAACUGUUGCUGACUACAACAGUGCCAGCAUUCCAACUUUAUUAAACCUACCAACAACUUAAAAUGGACUUUCCUGUGGUGGUACCCUUUGUGAAAUGGAUGACAGCUACUACAUCAGUUUGCACAUUCUAAUCACUUUCCAGUGUCACGAGAGAUUUUUACUUAUAAAUAAUCUAAAUGUAUGCAACUGGUAAAACCAGAGCCUACAUCCAGUAUUACUGAUAAGAGACAUUGUUCAUCCACCAAUGUUGUACAUGUAUGAAAACUGUACUGUAUACUGCAACAAACCCCAUACUUCCUAUUGGAGAGUACAAUAAUGUAAAUCCGAAAAGCACCACUAUUUUAGCGUAAUAAAAGAAAGUCCAAAGAGCUCCUAUAUAUAGACUACUCCAGAUAACUUUGCUUCAUCGGUAUUUGUAGCUUAUUGUAACUUUUUUAAAAGAAAAAUACAGGAUCACCAUUGUAUUGUACAAAAGCGCUUUGAUUAACUCAACAGCUAUAUAGUUUUUUAAUUUUAGGAUAAAAAACCUGUGGAGACAGUGAUCUAGUCUUUAAAAUGAGUCCUUUCAGUAUAAUGUCUGUCUAAAGACAUUGCCUUUAAUAUCUGUUGGGAAGGAAAUGUCCAGAUUUUUCAACCUUUUAUUGUAUGUUUCCUUUUCCUUGUUUACAUAGGGAACAAUGUUUAUAGUUGUGUGUACAGUGGGGGUCUACAACAAGAAGUGUAUAUUUUAAAACAAUUUUUUAAUGAUUUAACAAUUUUUUGUAAAUCAUUUUGGCUUCUGCAGCUGUAGAUUCUCACUGUGAAUUCCCUUGCUUGCUCAUGCAUAAGUGUAUUUGCAAUACCAAAUAUACAGGUUUAGUACUUUUGCCUGUUAGUGAUUGUUUUACAUGUGUAACGUUUUGGUUGAGAUGUUAAAUGGUGGACGAGUACUGUGGAUGUGAAUGUGGGAAGUAAUUUUAAUCAUGUGUAAUUGGUCCCAGGGCCUAAGUUGCAGUAAUUACCUUUUUGCAGAUUUAUUUAACAAUGCCUUGUUGCUUUGUAUGCAUUAACGUUUGGGUGUAAAGAUUGCGUGUAAAAUCCAACAGGGAGCCACAGUAUUUAAAUUGACCAACCUAAUGUUACAACUGCUUUGAGGUGGCCAAAUGUAAACUAAAAGCCUUAAUUAAAAGUGGUGCAAUUUUGUAUGACUUAGCAUCAGUAGUUCAAUAAAUUUGGAUUGCCAUGCAAGGGCUUGCAUUACAACUACCUGUAAUUGAAUGUUUUGUGUAAUGUUUCAGUGAGAUCAGUAAUGUGUUAAAAUGUGUGUUUGGCAAUUAGAAUUUGAAACCCCAAGGAAUCAUUGCUUGUCCAUCCUAUACAAGUCAGACUACUUACACAUUCUCCUAAAUAAUCAUGGAUGUGCUCUAACCACUAAUGUUGCCAUAAUUUACUGGUUUCAGUGGAAACAUUCCAGAGUUAGGUCAGCCUCCGUUGCUGAGUAUCUUUGCUAAGAAAUGUGAUAGAAGGAAAAAGAGAGUGGGAUUAUUUUUACCAACCUUCUUUGUCCCAAGAGGGUACUGGUAUAUGCUAAACCUAGAACUAUGUUAAGUUUACAAAUACUUUGAGGCCUGAAAGACAUCAGAUGCCCAAAUGGAGUAGUCUUAAAAGCUGCUUGUUUCUAGAUAAUUCAAAACUAUUAUUGGCUAUGCAUAAAGAAUCCUAUGUAGUCUGCUUGUUCUCAAGUAAAAAAAUACCAGGUUAAUUGAGCCACAAAUUCAUGGAAGCAUGGGGUAUCUGAAAUGUACAGGCAAGGUUCCCCAGAUGCUUGCUGUUUUUCGCAAAAAUAUGGACAGCGCAAGUUGACCAACUAUGAGUUGGGUAUUCGUUUUAUCUUGGCUACUGAAGUCCAGUCACAAGAACCUGAAGUUACUGGGGCAGGAACUGUAUUUCAGAAUGCUGAAUCACAGUACAGUAUUGGGAUUUUUUCUAAUCCUAGCUAAAGAAACCAGCUGCAUGCAGGUGACUUGGCAAAAGGUUCAGUUUUUUAUAAAGCCUUUCAUUUUUUGAUAAACUGUGAAGCAGAUAGCACAGGCAAUAGUUGAUACUAUGGCCUGGGUUACUGCUUGGUUGGUAGUUUCUUGCAACCUUGUCUGCCUUUGAGAACUGAAUCUUAACUAUACUGAAAAAUGCUCAUUAACAUCCUUGGGUUGGAAAGAAGUCUGUUUCACUGGUAAGAUCUGGCACUCUGUUCGUGGGUGAGUAUAACUUGUGUGUGCUGCUGUACUUAUUGGUAGUCUGGACAGGCAGGACUACUAUACAAAGCAGCCUUGUACAUAGCCCUGUGUGGGAGAAAUCUCUUGCCAGUUCUAGUCCUCCCAUGCUCCAAAUAGGGCUUUUGCAGAGCUCUGCCAAUUUUGAAGCAGCUGGGCUUUUUUCUCACCAUCACUGGAUUUUAGGUAGAAAAGGAGCCAGCAGAGAAACGUAGCUGGUUAACUGCAUUCAUAUGAGAAAGGAUGACUACACCAAAAUGCAUUAGUCUUGGUUCUGCAGCUACAGCAAUUUCCUAAGAGAUUGUGCAUGACUUUUCUGUACAGUAUAAAAUAUAGUGCCAAACAAUCGUAUAUACAAUGCUUUUUGUCACAGCUUUUGGAUAAGAUUGUUUUAUUCAUAUCUCAUCCUUUAUUUCCUCACAGCUGUUCAUUUGCAGAACACUACAGGCUGUAACAUUAAGUAACCCUAAAGGUGUAUGUGCACGUACCUUAAAGUUGCAGGAAAGAUUCAUACAGCCUUCCUGCAGCUUAAGAUACAGUAUGUAUUCCUGGCCCAAAAAAGUUCCUCCUGGGUUUUCAAAUGUGAGUCUUUAGUGGGAACCAAACUCAUAACUCACCAUGGUGGUGGUGUUGUUUUUUUUAAAAAAAAUAAACACCAAACUGCCUGUGUCUUUUUAAAUAACUGGCUGUGUUUUGAUAAUUGCAGUUAAUCGUAACCCUCCCCUCAAAUUCAUUGCUCACUUUUUUAAAAGGUUAGUAUUUCCCGGUUAAUACAUACUGUGUAACAUCACUUUUCAAACUCCGUAUAGUUCUGUAUUUCUUCUGCUUAUUCUAGUUCACAGGAUUAGGUUUUUGGCAAGGUAUUACUAGCUACUUGUCUUUCAUGAUAGUGUACUUUCUGUCUCCCUUGGCACAGCAAAUCUGAAGCAAACAUCUCCAAGAAGAAUGCAAUAGGAGAAACUUGUUCUCAAAAGUGCCAGCAUAAGAGGUUUUAUUACAGCUCAAGGCAUUUCGGAAUUCAUGUUCCUUUAGGAGCAAUCUUAAACUUUCACAAUACAAAUACUUCCUAUCUGUCACCAUGGUCUUCCUCAUAGUGCCAGAUAGGUAGCAAUAUUUGUGCAAGCUGCUUCAGCUGCCUAAUGUUCACAUUCUGUAGAAUAUUGCUUCUUGAGUAAAAGCUGACUUCCAAAACUAGUAAGUCCAUGCUUUGUGGGGAAGAGUUUCUCCUUUUGUAUUAUUACUGGCUUCUGUGCCUAGUUUGUUUCUAACUCAUCCAUGCUCGGUGGAUCUGCAGUUCAACAUCUGUGUUAGGAUUAUCACUGUCAGGAUAUCUUAAAGGACAUUUGUACUGAUGCGGAGUGGGGAGCUCGCAUUGGCAGAAGCAGCCCUGUCUCUGGUGGUGUCUCCUUGUCAAGGCGCAGAAGCUUUCAAUGUGAAGCAACCUCUAUCUCCUAGCAUUUCCACUUGCCAGGUUGUCUUUUCUGUCUGGGUUGUGUGUGUUGGAUUUGUAUUGAAAGAACAGUUCCAUGGCUUCAUGUAUGAAUGACCAGCCCUACUGCUACACUAGCAACUGUUAACAUGCAUUUUAGUGUAAACCCAUUAGCUAGCCCGCCCUACUCUCCCUGUGACAUGUCUUCCCAGUUCUUGCUCUGUAAGAGAACUGUUUAAUCUCUUGCCAAUUUAAUUGUAAUGGGUGGAUAUUUGGGAUGCUUUACCUGUAAACCUAAUUUCAAUGCUAAUAAAGGAAAUUGAUUUUUCUUUG